UCAGAGGAGGGUUAACAGAAUCUUAGGCUCACAGAUCAAUGAUUGAAAGGACCUGAGAGGUCAUCUGACUACUUCCCCUCAUUUUACAGAUGAGGAAAGGGACUCUGAAUCAAUAAUGCCAUUGGAGGAUCAGUUAACAACAGCAACCACCAAACUGGAGGAUGUUUAUUGGGAGGAAUUGAAGACUUCUCUUCAGCUAUCAUUGGGGGAAGGCUCUUGACUGCUGUCUUAAGAAGUUUUGAGGUUCCUUCUGAAGAAGAGGGAGAUUACACUUGUUCUGCUGUGUUACAGAGGGCAGAAGAGAAGUAGGAAGAAGCUAUGGAGCUUUUCCAGAAUCGGAUUCAUCUCUACAAUUUCCUGCUGCUGAAGAUCUUCCUCUUCAACCACUGGGUGUCGGGGUUGGCCCAGGAAGCGGAGGGCCUGACCCCCCUCCCAGCUCACUCCUGCCUCUUCUGCCCCCUGGGCUCCGCAAUGAGGGCUCUGGUGACCCUGUGGUAUGUUCUGUUGUUCCGUCUGCCGAGACUGGUCCUCGUCCGCAUGCUGAAUUCUCCCCUCAUCCUUUGCCAUCUCUGCCAAGCGGCCUGCGGCUACCUAGGCCUCUUCUGGGGCACCUGGAAGAAACUGCUCCACUACUGGUUUCAGAGCUUGCUGCUCGGGGUCCUGCUGGUCCUCCUGGUCACUUGGAGGCUCUGCCAGACUGUCCACCGCUUCGGUGUGAAGCAGCUGAAGCGGCUGGCGCUGCUGGAUAACCGGUUUUCCCUGGAGUUCCUGGGCCUCCUGCGCCAACUGUACUGGCACGUGGAGAGCACGGCGGCCCUCACCUCCUGGCACCUGGCCUAUGUGGUCACCUGGGCCACCUGCCUGGCUUCCCACAUGCUCCAGGCGGCCUUUGAGCACACGGCCCAGCUGGCUCAGGCCCAAGAAGGGGAGAUGGACAUGAUGUGGGAGGACAGCACCAUGGGGUCCCUGCUUCCCGAGGAGCUCAAGGCUUUGGAUGAAUAAAGGGCGUUUGGACCUUU